AGUGCAGGUCCCCCAGCUGCGAGAGCUGCUUCAGCAAGGAUUUCUGCAUGAAAUGCAAAGAGCACUUUUUCCUGCACAAAGGGAAAUGCUUCAGUGCGUGCCCGCCUGAGACCCUGGCCCAGUCCAGCACCCGGGAAUGCCAAGGUAAGCCAGAAAAGUGCGAGACGGGCCCCUGGGCCAACUGGAGCCCCUGCACAAACCAGGGCAGGACCUGCGGCUUCAAGUGGGGCACAACUACAAGGGCCCGCGAGGCCGUCAGGAGUAGCAAAGAAGAGUUGGCCAUGUGCCCGACGCUGACGGAGUCCAGGAAGUGCCGGAUGAAGAAACACUGCCCUGGAGAAAAGAAUGAGAAGAAAAGAAAAGGGAAACGGGAGAAGAAAGAGAGGAAGAAGAAGAGGAAGAUGGAUUCCCUGAUGGCCACUUAA